UCAUUUGCUCAAGAAAGCUCGCAUGGGAAGAGAUCCCACUGGAGUAAAUUAUUUUUAAACAAAUGUCACCUAUGUAUAUUUAUUGCUGAAAAAUAUGCAAAGUGUUUUGAAUCUCAUUUGAAUAUUUAUAUUGACUUCAUAGUUGAAGAGGUUUAUUAUUACAUUUGUAUAUGUAUACAUAUACAAUUUGCGAUAAAUUCUUAAGAACUGUCAGAAUGAUGCGCUUAGGUCUGGUCAGAAGUCCAAUAUUAAUGGGAUUAUUUCCAUUUUUUGAUAAUAAUGAAAAUUUUGAUAAACCUGUGAAUAAUGUAAUAAAACCACUGGAUGAUCAAUUGGGUUGGGAUAGAGUGAAAAAUAUAUUUCAUCGAAACCAAGAUGGUUACUUGACAAAGGAAUUAACAUCUAUCGUAAAUAUAACACUAUCGGGUGGUGUAAUUGGUGUAGUCUUGGGUGGCAUGAGUGCAACUAAGAAUACUGUGGACAAUUUUAUCUCAAGUAAUGAAGCAACAAGGUUUAUAAGUCAUUUUGAUGCAAAGUGGCAUCUUCAACAAUCAGUUACUCAAAGUUUUAUAAAAAAGGGUGGCAGAAUGGGAGCAAAACUUGCGCUAUUUUGUUUUUUAUUUAGUACUAUAACAACAAGUGCAACGGCGUAUCGAGGAAAAUUAACAGUAGGCAAUUAUAUGUUAGGCGGUUCUGUAACAGGAUUACUAUUUAAAAUAAAUUUAGGAUUGCGAGGAGCGUGCGUUGGAAUGGGACUUGGUGGUAUAUUAGGUGGAAUAUGCGGCGGUGUAUCAGUUUUUAUUCUUAAACUGUCAGGAGUAACUAUAGAUGAAGUACUAGAAGCACAAUAUCAAUGGGUAAAUUCAAGAGAUGAGACUCUACAGAAGAAGAUAAAAGAAUGUAUGGCUACUGAAUUACCAGAAGUGAAACAAUUAUAUCAACAAAAUCAACAAAUGCGCACAGUUCAAGAAAAAGUGACUGUUGAAGAUCAUAAGACAUGAACUUAUUAUGUAAAUAAAUCUUGUACAUAGAUAUAUGUGUGUUUAUUAUAUUCAUCUAUAAAUCUUUUACAUUUAUAUUA